CAUCUUCGCAACUUGUCUUAAAACAAGAAGAAAGCUCCUCUGUGUUUUCACUCCAAACCCACACAUUGCGUGUGGUCGGAGGAGUCUCAUCUCCCCCACCACCGGGAAGGUGUGCCGACAACCAGUCGUCACCACGAAAGCCUCCAUUUGCGCAGGGCUCGAAUGCUAACCACUGUUUUCUUCUACUUUUCGAGGUAGAUCCAGCAGAUGAAAGGGGACUGCAAUUGCCCAUGGGGUCCAACAAGAGAUAGCUUCAAAAGAAGAGCCGUCUGCGAUCGCCAUGGACGACCGACUCGGUUUCCAUCAUGCUGGGAUCUAACACUACAACCCUCGGAGCGUAGCGAGCACAGAGCAGACCCUGUGAAACAGGUGACAGAGAAAGUUAGCCUUUAGUCUUGUCUUGCUCGAAACAAACUAAAAUGGAGGAGGAAAACAAAAGCAUAUCGGAAUACUACGUCAUACGCUUUCCUGCUAACUCCAUCUGCUGCUACUUACAACAUUCAUGUUAGAUUGUCAUCAGUACCACGAUGGACUCAAUCAUUGCAGGCCAAGCUCUGUUCAUCCAUGUUACUUAUGCCAUCUUUUCAAGUAGGAAAAUGUUAUCUGGAUUGCAAUCUGCAAUGAUCAGAGACAGAGCAUCCAGCUGAUAGCUGCCAUGACCUAUUAGUAGCUGUUGUCAAAUCUCAUAAGUCAGUGCCUACCAUAGUCACUAGAGGAGGUGGGUGUUAAAAACCAUUCGAACAGAGGAGGAGAAGAUGACUUUUUGAGUUUGGAUAAGACGUUGAGGAGAUAAGAUGACCUCUUUGCUCUGCAGUGAAGCCAACUUGCUGUAGAUUUGUCGAAUCAUUGAAACUUUUGGUUGCAUUCUGAUGCAUGUACUGUUAAUCGAUCUCCAAAACAAAUCUUCACCUUUACUACCACAGUCAGAUGCACGCUUCUUGCAGAACCACAUUGAUGUAGGAAGACCCUUAGCAGAACCGAUCCAUGUGAAUCUUUGUGUCGGUCCAUAAUCACACUUCGAGGCCAAGCCGGCAACAAUGUCAGCUGCUGCAGAUAGAUAGCUUCGUUGUGCCGGAGCGCACGUGCAUGGAAGCAAGCCGGCCAUGAUGGGAGGAUGGUGUCGCUGGUCUCAAAGAUCUCACAUGUCGGUCGAUGCACAGGAAUAGGCCUCGAAGGAAGAGACAUGGGAGAUGGAUACUUUGAGAUCCCCUUGGGGAUCAGAGCCUGCAGGAGAACCUACUUUUGCGGUGGAUUUGUUCAUGAGGAGGGGAUCAAAAGUUUCUUCUGUGUCCUCAAUGAGGUUCCAGCUUCUGAUGCCACUUUUCGCCUCAGGCUUGAUGAGACAGCUCACAAAGAUAUGCCUGAGCCGUGGAGCUCACAGGAUCAGAUCAAUGCUGGUACUAAGAAAUCUUUCUACUAUUUCUCGGGCACUGCAAAAUCUUAUCUUCUUUCCUCUGGUGCAAGUGGAUUUUUUUGGUCAUCUCCUUCCAACUUUUGGAAAGAGAGGAAGGAAGGGACCGUUUUUGGACCCCCUCUCGGUUCCACUAGAGAAAAGCUUCACAGGAGUUGCUUUGGCUACCAGGAGAUACUUGGUUCUCCAUCAACAACAGACCAUGUCAGCCGACCACCUUUAUCUUCAUCUCUUUGCAUCACUGACAACAUGAAGAAGGAACACUCGAACACAUGUUUUGAUUAGACAAAAUACGAUUCCAAGUUUGGUUUAGAAAACAGAACCUGUGACUGAGUGAUGCUUUAGAGUGCUCUCUUUCUUCAUGUCGAUGUCCUCGAUCUGAUUCAUCUGGGUGUCCAAGAAACUACCAUGUAAUCCAUCCGGACAAACCAUCAGCUACUUAAUCUGGUGAAGCACAGACUGCUUGCGAAGCCCACAUUGCAAAACCAGGCAGCUUUCAUGAGUUCUUUCUCAAGGAGAAGACAGAGAGUAGAAAAAUGUGAGAGAAGAGCAGAGGAUUCAUUGCAAGGUAAGACAUUAAGCAUGAACAACAUUCCAAGCACUUAUUCCUGCUAAUUAAAUAUGCUAAUAGAUGUGAAGCACAGCCUUGUGAACCUCAUUCAUGUCAAUACAGUGUAAAAAAUUCACAGUUUCCAAAAAAACUCUAGUUCAUGAAACUUCAGGGUUUGAGAUGCAAUUGUGACCUGCAUUAGGUCAGACAGAUCAAUGAUAAUUGAUCAUUGACAAUAAAC